GGCAAUUGCUCCAAAUAACAUCGACAUCCUGGAGUGCUCUAGUAGAACACUGCCAGCUUCACGCGUACGCACAGCUGUAUAGCGAACGACUUUGCACCUCUCACUCAGCAUUGCGCUGUCCUGAUCCACAAUGUCACAAUCUCUCCGUCCAUACCUGUCCUGCGUACGGUCAACACUCACGGCAGCUCUUUCGUUAUCGAAUUUCGCCUCGCAAGCCUCCGAGCGACAUAAUGUCCCCGAAAUCGAAGCAAAGACGUCACCAGAAGUCGUCCUCAACCCGCUCACCGUGUCCCGAAAUCAGGAAGAGCGAGUGCUGGUGGAGCCGUCGGUCAACAGUGUGCGCGUCAGUAUAAGAAUCAAGCAGGCAGACGAGAUUGAGCACAUAUUGGUACACAAGUUCACCAGAUUCUUGACGCAAAGAGCGGAAGCAUUCUUCAUUUUACGAAGGAAGCCAGUGCCAGGCUAUGAUAUCUCGUUCUUGAUCACGAAUUUUCACACCGAGGAGAUGCUCAAGCACAAGCUCGUGGACUUUAUAAUCCAGUUCAUGGAGGAGGUCGACAAGGAGAUUUCGGAGAUGAAGCUUUUCUUGAAUGCGCGCGCUCGAUUCGUUGCCGAAAGCUUCUUAACACCCUUCGACUAAGCCCUUACAAGAACACUGUCUGUAGUCUGGUAUGGCAUGUCAAGAACGACCUUAUCCAAGUACGAGGUAGACGGGUAAUGCCCGUGCGCAGAUGUAUCGUGAGCCUGGAGGAGUGCUUCGGGCGCGGGCUGGAAUCUGCAUUUGGAAAGAUGGAGAACUCCUCCUUGUGCUGUAGGCGUACGACAGUAAGGCAGUAAUGCAGAGUACAUACUCUGCACACUCUAUCACAUGUUGC